AUGGUUCCCAUUUCUGAGAAGAUCUAUGUGUACAUAGACGGUACCUUCAGAUAUCUUCAGAAAAAUCUCUCUGCUUCUUUGUAUCAGCUCCUUCUGCGUUACCCACUGUGUUCUUCCCGUUCGGAGUCUGGCCAUGGUUCUGCUGGUCACCUCUGGGGGUUUCAAGAGCCCGUUCCACAUCCGCAUCAGUGGCUGUGGCCUCUGGAGUCCUUUCCUAAACUGUUGCAAGCUGAACUGAUCUUAGAACUCAUGAAUGGAUCAGUUGAGAGAAUAUUAGCAGAGGAACAGCCCUUGUGUUCGGCAGGAGUAAAGAGGAAGAAAAGGAAACAAAAUGGCAGUAGCACAGAGACAACAACUUCUGGUGGUUGCCACUCACCUGGGGAUAUUCAGGACCUUGUGAAGGUGCUGCGUUCCCCACACUGGACAUGUGGAAGGGUCCCUGAUAACCUGGUCCCAUUGGGGGUAGGCCUGUCCUGGGGCAUUGGUGGCAUUCAGGGGGCAAGUCGCUUGCUGGGCCAUCUCUGCCUCCCCCUAGUAAGAGCUCUGUCUUCCUUUUCCUACAGGAAAAGCAAGAAAGCCAGCAAAACCAGGGAGAGCCCUAAAGAGGCAGAGGAGAGUCCACGGAUCUGGCCAGCCGCCUGCAGUAUUCCCAGCAGCGUGUGGGAGAGUUGGAUUGGACUCUUUGCUGUCUCGACGCAGCAGAAGAACAUGGACAGGGUGAAUCCUAUUGCCUGCCCCAUCCCUUGGCAGCCCAGGUUCCCAGAUGGAGGAAAACAUGAUGCUGACAAUGACCCUCAUCUUACGGAUGAAACCAAUCCUGCAGCUCCUCCUCUCUGCAUGAGUCUCAGAACCAAUACCAAGAGGGUCCCUGAUAACCUGGUCCCAUUGGGGGUAGGCCUGUCCUGGGGCAUUGGUGGCAUUCAGGGGGCAAGUCGCUUGCUGGGCCAUCUCUGCCUCCCCCUAGUAAGAGCUCUGUCUUCCUUUUCCUACAGGAAAAGCAAGAAAGCCAGCAAAACCAGGGAGAGCCCUAAAGAGGCAGAGGUUCAAAUCCAGAGAACCAACAUACUGAUGUCUGAGAAAGGAAAAUUAAAUACUGAACUCUAUCAUAUGCAAUGUGCUGCCAGGAACUUUGAAGGAGAGUCCACGGAUCUGGCCAGCCGCCUGCAGUAUUCCCAGCAGCGUGUGGGAGAGUUGGAUGGACUCUUUGCUGUCUCGACGCAGCAGAAGAACAUGGACAGGUAUAACAAGGAGGUAACCAAAGACAGUGAUGCCCUCAGGCUGGAGUUAUACAAGAACACCAAAAACAAUGAGGACCUGAAGCAGAAGAACUCAGAACAAGAAGAGAAGCUUCAAGUCCUAGUGACUGCGAAGUCAGGGAUUUAACUCAACUUGAAGGAGCUGCACAGGAAGCUGGAGAGGACUGAGCUCCUGCUUCAGGCAAGAGGCUCUGGUUAUGAAGCUCUUGAUGCUAACCAGCAGUUACAGCAGGCCGUGGAGGAGCGGGCACAGCUGGAAGCACACCUGGGGCAGGUGAUGGAGUCACUGAAACAACUACAGAUGGAGAAAGAUCAACACGCUGAGAAUCUGAAAGGAGAGAGCACCUUGUGGUGGCAGAGGAUGCGGGAGAUGUCAGAGGAGGUGCACAUGUUGAGGGAGGAGAGGGCACAUAGCAUGAGUCGAGUACAGGAACUGGAGACGAGCUUGGCUGAACUAAGGAACCAGAUGGGUGAGCUGGGGCUGGGGUGA